AUGUUAAACGAUUCUGUUUUCGUGUUUUGGUUGACAUUUUUUCAUCAUGUCUUGCCUCAUGUCGACAUCUUAUUAAACCAGUUGCAGAAUAGAAAAACCGAGCCAGCGCAAGUUAAAACAGCUAUCGAUAAUCCUGAAAAAUGUAUUGUCGAUGUGAGAAAUAAAAUUGAUGACAUUAUAAAUGAAGCCAAAAGUGUUUGCACUGAACCCCAAGGCAACAAAAGGACACCUCGUAAUAAUAGCAGUCACUAUCACCGAGUUGCCGCAACAGAAGUAUGCGAGAAUAUAAUUUCAACUAAAAGAUCAUUUGGUAGCCGCAUCCCUUUUUUUCCCGAACACUUUGAGGAAUACUGUGGUAAGUUUCCUGAUGACAAGUUGGAAACUACCUGCUUGGCUUAUUCCGAAUUAGAAAAAAGUCGCUUAAAGACAGAGUUGUCUGUUAUUUAUGCACGGAACGAUUGCCGAGACUUACAUGGAACUCUGUCUCUUUUCAAGUUUUUGAUACAAAAUAGUUUGGAGGAAACACUAAAAGAAACAAAAAAGCUAUUAGAAAUUAUUGUUACAACUCCUAUGUCAACAUCAGAGGCUGAGCGAAAAUUUUAA